CACCAUCCAUAACCCCAAGAUACCACCAAUACUCCACCACUCAAUUCAAAUCAAAGCACCAGCCAUGGCCAAGCUCACCGACUUCAAGCUCCUCUCCUUCGAUGUCUACGGCACACUGAUAGACUGGGAGCGCGGCGCCCUAACCGCCCUGCAACCCAUCCUCAAGACAACACAAAACCGCGACCUCGACGAGAAGCACAUACUCUCGGUGCUGCACACGAUUGAAUCGGACGUCGAAAAGCAGCAUCCAGGCUGGAAGUACGCAGACGUCCUGACCGCCGUGCACCCCAAGUUAUGCCAAGAGCUAGGACUCGUUACGCCGAGCGCAGAGCAAAGUCGUGCGUUUGGCGCGAGCGUGGGGAGCUGGCCCGCGUUCCCCGACACCGUGGCGGCGCUGAAACGGCUGCAGAGGACGUACAAACUCGUCGUGCUGUCGAACGUCGACAACGACUCGUUUCGUGCCGGGAAUGCAGAGGCGCUUGAAGGAUUUGAGUUCGAUGCCGUGUAUACGGCGGAAGAUAUUGGGUCUUACAAGCCUAAUCUCAGGAACUUUGAGUACAUGCUCGCUCAUGUGAAUGAGGAGUUUGGGGUUGAGAGGGGCAAGGUGCUGCAGACGGCGCAGAGCCAAUUUCAUGAUCACCAUCCGGCGAAGGAGGUGGGGAUAAGCAGUAGUUGGAUCUAUAGGCCGGGAGCGGUGAUGGGGAACCGUGAGGAUCCUGUGUUUACGUGGAAGUUUGACACGUUGGCUGAUAUGGCGGAUGGUGUGGAUCAGGAGCUAGCGGAGAAGAAUUAGAAAAGCAUGGUACUAGUAGUUCGUUCGUGUAUCAUGAGGUUGGAUUUAAGUCGAGAAUGUCAUAGCCUAUCGUUCCUGUUAUCUAGUUGACAAGACCUUGCUCUUUC